CGCCCCCUCCAGCCUCCUCCCGCCACCACCCUCGCCUCACCCUCCCGCCGCCUCGCUGCUCGCUCGCCGCUUGCUCGCCCGCCCGUUUCUACUUCCUCGUGAUCCGAACCGCCACCACCCUCGCCUCACCCUCCCGCCGCCUCGCCGCUCUCGCUCGCCGUUCGCUCGCCCGCUCCCGACUUUCUACUUCCUCGUGAUCCAUCUCGCCGUUCGCUCGCUCGCUCGCGCUCGACCUCCUACUUCCUCAUGAUCCACCGCAGCCACCCUCGCCUCGCCCUCCCGCCGUCUAGUCGGGAUUCCAGAUACGGAGUGGAGGCAGCCGGAGAAGGCUCCCGCCUUCGACUCGGCGCUUGUCGGCAAGCGGCUCGAGGUAGGUACUCUGGAAGCACACCGACAAGGACACGAACCAGCCGCACAUGAUCUGGUCGACGGGGCGCGUCGUCCGGGUCGCUGACGGGCUCUCUGACAAGAGGUCGAAGCGUGCGAGGUCGGUCUUGCCGGCCGGCGCUGUGCUCUGGGCUUGGGACGCGGACCCGGAGUUCGACGAGGCAGCGGGCGAGCAAUGGCUGUUCCUGCUGCCAAAGAAGUGGAACCCGAAGACGCACAAGCAGGUGUACAGCUGGCGGUAUGACCCUCGCGAGCUCGGCGCCGUGGAGGCGCCCACGGCCGACCCUCGGCGCCGCCAGUGCCGCCGGGACACGGAGCAGUGAGAAUUUUGAGUGUGUUUGUCGGGACGCUGUGUCAGUACUAGACCAUGUUAGACUCUUAGUGAUAUACCAUUGUGAUCCCCAGCACCUGUACUCCCAGCGCCAGUGUUCGUUUUUGUGCCCGAGGCGACUUUCUGAAAAUCACCAUAUCCCCCCCCCCUAGUGAGAGUCGUGGCGCUGCCCGUAUGUGUUCGAAUGUAAGUAAGAGGAUGCGUGGUG